AUGCGAGAAGGAGAAGUAGCUGGAGUAUUAGAUGUUAUCGGGAGUGAAGGGGAAUUACCCACGUCCGGUUUCAUUCUGGUUUCUUUCUCAAGAGCAGCAAAUCAAGGAAUCCCCAAGUACCCACGGACACGGUCCUGGUCGGUUCGGGUUUGGGGAAGGACCCACUAUUUUGGCCACCUUGACACUAGGAAAUUCACUUGCACUACAGCUGACUUUGGAUCUGGCAACGUGGAGAGUGCCUGCGCCAGAGCCGGAGCUGGAGCCAUACCUCUCGCCACGUUUGCAGAACUCAACGACGACCAAGGUCUAUAA